AUGCGAAAACUGCAGGCGGAAGAAGACGAGGUGUCCAGGACAGAGGCCUGCGUGCUCCAAUUGCACGCGCCUGAAUCAGCCCUGCGUAUAUUCCGCAGGCCAGAGCUGGUCUACCCCUGGAAGUUCGAGGGAAUCAGGCGCAGGCUCAAGCAGAGAUUUGAUAGUCAUCCUGCGUUCAACCUGGUAUCCAAUCGUGCGGGAUCUGAAACUCAGGGAGACCGGAGCGAUCAUUCUGUAACACCAUUCGUGGACGCUGAAGAAGCGAGCACUGAAGUGCCACUUCUUUAUCGGCGGCACUGUCAUAGGCAGCCUCUUUGGAUCUUUGACGAAGGAGAACUUGCAAUUCUUCAUCAGCAGUCCGAAGAUCUCGUGUUGUCAACUUUAAUUCUUACCACACAAUUCUCGGCCAAUCCUUACUUCGAAAGACGUCGGGCCAAGAUGUCCCAACAGUUUCGGGAUGCCGCGCGAAAACGUGUAAUGCUAACGAUUGCGAACGCUGCGGUUAGUUUGAGCACAUUACAAAGCCUCUGUCUACUGAGCUGGGCUAGCUUCAUAACAAGAGACAUGGCUCUCGCCUCGCUUUACUUGAACCUUGGCCGGGAUCUGCUUAGUUCGGCCGGACUCGAUCUACGCGGAACUGAACCCGGGCCGCAGGCCAGACGUGCCAACCAAGCCGGGAAACGGCUGUUCUGGAGCUUUUACAUCCUUGAGCAACUUUAUGGCUUCCACAACCAGCGGACAAUAUCAAUGAAAGGUGGACUGGAGAACCUUCGUUAUUGCCUCAGUGUUGGGGACAGUGCACGGCGCCCGCUGGCAUUGGAACCACCUUUACUACCUGAUGAAGCCCCUCUACCUCAAAGCGACGAUAACAACAGCGACACGAAAGAUCUCGGAAUCUGGAAUUACACUGUAUAUCUCACAGCUUUCUGGAAGGAGGCGAGGAACUAUAUCCUGCUCAGUGCUUCUGACACAGAGAGAGCUCCGUGGGCCCCAGAUUCCUACUAUACUUUGAUCGUUUCGUACAUGCAUGAACUGGAAACUGAAUUUCCGAAACCCCAUCGGUGGGACUCUCGACGAUUUUUCCAAUGGUCACCCGAGGCACUGGAACGUGAAAGAUCAUAUUGGGGUCCAUGGCUGCUAUUCCAAUUUACCUACGACGCAAUGUUCAUCAUUAUCAACCACCCUUUCUUACUAAGUUCACGAUCGCAAUCCUCGAAUUUGAAGAUGCCAAAUACCUUCUGGAGAGCGUCAUCGGAGUCUGUAUUAUUGCAUUCAACUUGGGUUGCACGUCUACUCACCAUGGCCCACGAGAAAGCAUUCGAUAUUUUUGAUCCAUUCCUGGGUUACGUUGCCGGAGUGGCUGCCAGUGCCCUGCUGUUUUACUGUCGCUCACAGAAUGACGAAAUCAGAAGGUCCGCCCACGAUCAUUUCGAAACAUGCAGGGCUUUCGUGGAUCAAGAGGCGCAGGUGUGGCCUUGGUGUGCCAAAAUUAAGCAGGAGCUUGAUUUGCUCGUGCAGCACGCAUUCGGAGGCAGGGACAGAGACUCACCUUGGGAGCCGUCUCAAACUAUACGCAUCGACACAAAUGCAAUGCUGGAACUUCUCGAUUACACCCGACAUUCAACCGCAGCAGCCAGCAAUGAGCCAUCCUCAGAUCUCAGAAAGUCUUUGUUCGACUCAAGUCUCUUGCCGCAUGACAGUACGGCGGACAACCAAGUAGCGACAAUUGAAAUAUCAGAGGAAGUUAGUGAGGCUGCCGGUCAUCCAGUGGCACCUCCCAUCUUGAGACCUACCAUUUCAGCGGCAAAAAUAGCAAACCCUGCCACAAAGUCAAUUCCUUCGAACGUUAAUGAUUAUGGUACCGAAUUUCAGCGAAGCAGGAAUCAAGAGCACUACCACCCCGUAACGUUCGGAUCCUUGCCUACUCCAAGCGAUGAACCUGGCAGCACAACAACAGCCACGAAUAUCGAGGCGUCAAGGGACACAGAAGUCUUUUGCUUACCGGCGGACAAUUUUAGCAACGGAAUGCUACAGGAUAUAUUUAGCCAAGACAUACAGUGGUGGAACAUGAGCGGCUAA